ACAAUUUUAUGACAUCAUUGCAUUGACUUUGACAAGUCUAACAAAAUAUAAAAAGAUAUCUUUAAAAUAAAAUAUAGUGAAACUAUGAAAUUAAAAUUAUAUUUAUUUCUAUCAGUAACACUAUACUGUAGUUGAGAAAAUAAUUAGAAGUUUUAAAUCACAAUAUAAGUGAAAACUCAUAGAUAUGUAUUAUAGUUUAUAAAUAUAAAAUGACAUUAUACGAAGGAAUCGCCCUAAUUCAGGAAAAGCAGGCGGUAGUCUUAGAUCUAGGAACUGACUACACCAAGUUUGGAUUCACGGGCGAGGCUGCUCCACGCUGUAUCAUUCCAUCGGAGUACUGGUGCCCGUCUGAGAGAAGGUACAAGAGAGUGCACGACUACAAGAAUGAAGAAGAACUAUACGAUAACCUGGUUCACAUGCUGCAUUUGUUGUACUUCAGACAUGUACUGGUAAACCCAAAGGAGAGAAAAGUCGUAGUGGUGGAGUCCUUACUCACACCGACGUUGUUCAGGGAGACUCUCGCUAAAGUACUCUUCCUGCAUUAUGAGGUGUCGGGGGUGAUGUGGGCGGACAGCGCGCGGCUGUGCGCGCUGACGCUGGGCGCGCCCGUCGUGCUCGUCGUGGCGCUGGGCGCGCGGGAUGCGGAGGUGGUGGCGGUGGUGCACGGCUGCCCAGUGCUGCAGGCGAUGCAGUCGCAGCCGCUGGGCGCGCGCGCGCUGCACGGCGAGCUGGCGCGGCUGCUGGACCGCGACAACGGCGCCGAGCUGCGGCUGCCCGAGCCAGUGCUGGAGGACAUUAAGGCGCGAGCCUGCUUCGUCCCAUCCCGACAGCGCGUACUGGCGCUAGAAGAGGGCGCGGCUCCGGCCCGCAGUACCCAGUACACACUCGCCGAGCGCUCGCUACUCAUCAGCGGCGCGGCGCGAGAACUCUCCGCAGAGCCACUAUUCGCACGUGACAACGAGCUGGCUUCACUGCCCGACAUUAUCCUACAGUGUAUCUCCCAGAGCCCCAUAGACGCGCGUCGCGAACUGGCCGAGAACAUCUUGGUGACGGGCGGCGGCGCGGCGCUGCCGGGCCUCAAGGCGCGCCUCGCGCAGGAGUUGCGCCACCUCGUCACCCUGCCGCCCUACAGCGAGCGCCUGCACGUGCGCUCGUUCAAGUUCCACAGCGCGCCGGCGCACGAGUCGUGCGCGGCGUGGCUGGGCGGCGCGCUGCUGGGCGCGGCGGACGGCGGCGCGCGCGCGCUGCCGCGGGACGUGUUCGCGCGCGCGCGCCGCCUCGCCGACUGGCCCUCGCUGCUGCACUGCACGCCGCGCCACCACCCGCACUGGGCCGAGCUGGCCGACUGACUGCACACCGGCGACAACCUCGUGCUCACUUCAAGCGAAAGACCUCUACUCUAAGGCUUUAUCGCUGUUAAAAUACGGUCCCACAAUAACAAUAUGGGACCUCUUCAGUCUAGCUAUAUUUCUUAGCUGCAUACAUACUCUUUUGCACAUCUUAUGCUAUAAGGAUCAUAGAAACAACUGCAUGUUAAAUCAAUUUUAAUAAUAUAAUUUUCUAUGUUAAUAAACUAUUUAUACAA